UUCAUUUGUGUUCACCGUUAAGUGUUAGACCAGUGCUACAAACACCAAACUCUUUCAGUGUAGCAACUGCUCAGUGAAAGUGGUACUGUCUGUCGUAUUUAUGUAGAACACAGAGAUUUGAAAAAUAACAUUGAAUCCCUCUCCCCCAUCGCCAUAGUGACAUAAUUAAUCAUUAUAGAACUUUGAAGUGUCAUAAAGGUCAAAGUGAACCGAACCAGUUCAUUUGUAUACAGGACAGCAAAGAAGACAGUCACACAUUAUAGCAGAGAGACAAAACUUACGACGCACAACUUUUAUUCAGGACACAGCUCCACAAACACGUUCAGUGUCUUCAGAUGACAGAGACAGCACAAUGAUCCCAUUACCAGAUCUACGUCAAGUCACAGUCUUACCCAAAUCUGAAUUCAUGAGGAUACAAACUCUGUCAAAAAAUGUUGACAGAGAACAAGAGCGCAGAAUACAAGAGGCAAAGAGAAAAGCCAUGCUUCUUCACUCAAAAGAGAUGGUCAAGCUUUGGUCCAACACUAUAUCAGAGCAAAGGCAGAAGAAACUGGAGGCAAAGGCAAUUCGGCAGCAGAUUGAGGAGGAGAAAAGAAAGGAACUUGACAUAGAAGAAACCAACUACAAGGAGCAGAAGAGAAAGGAGGCUGUAGAAAAAGCCAAGACUCAGCUAUUUUACCAAACAAACCGAGUCAAAGUCCUACAUGGUGCAUACUUGCUUUCACAUGUGCUUAAAGAAAGAGAAGCACAGAUUCAAUUAAAACAACAGAUCAAGAAUGCCAGAAAAGAUGUGGACAAAACCAUGUUGGAAGCAGCCAGGGCCAGGGCUGACGAAGCUCAGAGACGAGAAGAGGAGAAAGCACGUCAAAAGAAAGAGCAGACUCUGACUGUUGUAGAGGAACUCAAGAAUCAAAUGAGAAAAAAAGAGUUGGAGAGAGAAGAGAAGAAGCAACUAAAGAAACAGGAAGGGGACAAAAUACAACAACUUCAUAAGCUCCAUCUUUGGGAACAGAAGAGAGCAGAAGAACAACAAAUAGAGGAGAGGAUGCAGCUCAUGCAGGUCCACCAGGAACAGCUGACCAACAGACAGCUGGAGAAAGUUAUGAACGACCAAAAACAGCAAAUGGAGGAGGAACAAAGGAAGCUGUACCUCUCAGCAAAAGAAAAAAUGACCAAGUUAAUUAGAGACAAAGAGAAGGAAAUAAUAAGAGAGACCCAGUUAAAACGAGAUAAGAUCUUGGAAAAACUCGUAGCCACCCAGCAAGAGAAAGCUGAAAACGAAGAGCUGAAAAUUGCGCGAGCUGUAGCUGAAAGGGAGGCUCGAGAAGCACAACUGAAGCUGGAGGAAGAUGAGAGGAAAGUGGCCAUGAUGGAGUCCAUAGCGGAGCACAGAGAAGCGCUGAGGCAAGAAAAAGAGAGGAUGAAAGAGGAGAUGAAACAGAAAAAACGAGAAAUGCUUCAGUCUAAAAAGGAGGCGGACAAAAUAUACGCAGAGCGACAGCAGCUCAAGGCUCAGAAGAGGAAAGAGGAUCUGCAAAGUUUACAAGAUUUUCACAGAACACAAAUGGCUGAAAAACACUCAAAGCAACAGCAGCACAUGCAAGACACAGAGAGGUUUGAAGCUAUGAAUGCUCAAAUACGGGCAGAGGAAGACAUCAAAUUUCAGUUGUAUGCAAAGGAUGUUAUCAAUACAGCGGAGGAGGCUAAACUUAAUGUGGUGCCACUUUAUAAAGCAGCAAGGGAGGGGAUAGGAGGAGGAUCUGGACCUGCUUUUAAUGGAGUUAGACCCAGCUAUGUGGUUCAAGACAGCAGUGGUGCACAAAUGCCCAACUAUGUCUCCGGUAUCACUCAGAGUAUUAAAUCACUGAAUGAUGUUGAGCAGACAAAAAAGAGACUUGGGUUUACUUGGUGAUCAAUAAAAUGUGUUGGCA